AUGUCCGACCCUCUGAGGAUCACAUACAUGCCGAGGGCUGGAAAACGAAUUCCAACUGGAGGCAGCGCUGCGGACUGCUUACAAGAACCAGAAAGGGCCCCGACGCCGCCCAUGGUUCAGAAGUACCACAACAGCAACCAACCGGGGCCAGGCGUGAUCCGAUUGCACCACGGAAAGGCAGAUGACCCCAAAGUGGCCGAUACACUGAUUCAUGGCCUAUGCAAUAAGGCUUCACUACCACUCACUGCAGCAAUGUUAAUCAACCCGCCGCCUCAGAGCAAGUUUAAACAAAAACUACAAGAGAUGGAAGAGUCGGUGUACGCCUCACGCCAGAAGGCACCACUGGGCCGCAAGCCAGAGAGCGCCGGACUUCCCCCGUGGUGCAAUGAGAGAACCACGUACGGAAAGAAAACUUAUCGAGACGUGGAGGCCGGCAAGCUUAUUCAUCCUCCGAAAACGGUAAGGGAUUUGGAGAAGGAGGAAGAGCAGGGGCACGAGCUUUAUGUUCGCACACACAGUGGAUACUUUAUUGGUGAGCAGAUUGACAGGAAGUACAACUUCAAUAAAAACUGUCGUUUCGGGGUCAGGACACCUUAUUUAACAAAUGGAAGCCUGGUCAACAGAUGUAUGCAUUGGAUGGGAGAAUCCAGGUCCGUCAAGCUAAGAUCCGAUUGGAAAAGACAUCCUGACAGCAAGGAAAAGUUGGAACAACUAAUUGGCAAUGUGAACAACAGCAAGAAGAGAGGAAACAACGUGGAGGUGUCACCAGACCACACCUUUGGAAUGGUCAUACCGCAAGAUGUUUUCGGUGUUGCGGAACUGAUCCAUGCAGGAAAACAGCCGGCGGGAAAACGCCCGAGGGCCGACGAACGCCACUAUUGCAUGGCCAAUGCCGUGCGGCACAACCUCAAGAUCAUCAAUUUCCAAAAAUUCUCAACAUUGUUGGAGGCCUUCAGGCACUACGACAAGAAAGGCCAAGGGCAUAUUGACAAGGAAGAUCUGCGGGAGGUGUGUCAUCACUUCAAGGUGGAGGCCAGCGAUGCGGUCUUAGACGACGUUUUGGAUCAUUGUGAUACGAAUGGCGAUGGAUUCAUAGACUUCCUAGAUUUCUCCAAUUUCCUCAACUUUAAGGAGAAGAUGCCGCUGGAAAGACGGGAUCAGCACCUGGUCACAAAUGCCCAGUUCCAGACUGGCUCCCAACCCGAUCCCAAAACGCGAACGUCUGAACUUCCCAGUCCCGGCGCUCUGUUAAAAAGCGACGACCUGGAGCCGUUCAGGAUCGGAAGCUCCCAGAGGCCCGUGAAAACCGUCACACAACACGAAUCUGCUUUGGACAGAUUUGUCACCACUUCUUCCUUUAUCGGCGCCACCAGCAGUGACCCGCGAACAUUUAAAACUCGCACCUUUGGGAUCCCGACAAUCCGGAGUGACAUCGCGCCCCCACGCUUUCGUAGGGUCAACGACAAUGUCAACUACGGUGACGUGACCGUGGCGGUGGAUCUUCUGCUGCCGUCGGUAUACGGACGCCAGGGGAUCUAUCAGGAAGACUUAUUCUGUCCCCGCUCCAAGAAAGAGAUCACAGAGAUUUUCAGGAACUUGGGCACGGACAUUCCCGAGAAAAUAUUCGAUGAGGCCUGGAAGGUGGCGUCCACGCGGCACCCCAACGGCGACGUCUGCGUGGAUGCUUUCCGAACGGUACUCAAGCAAAUCAAAGCUUUGUAG